UGCCAACUUCCGAGCAUAUUUCGCGAUCGUCAGAGAAUUUAGAUUUUCAAGACCUCGCGCAGCAAAUAUCGUCGCCGACACGCUCAUUGAUUCAAUUGCACAUCAUCGUGUGAAUAGUCCUUUCGCAGCAUACGAUCACAGGGAUCAUGGCAUUGCCGUUUGCGACCCCGGCCUCGUUGGAUCCUGCCUUUGUCAUAUCGCGCUGCGAAGCUGCGGAUAUUGAUGCGCUGUCUGUCAUAUACUAUGAUUCGUUCAAAGCCGACCCGGGAAACUCACAUUGGUGGUCCCCAAGCCGGGAGCAUAUGAUGACCUGGAUGCACAAGAGAAUAUCGAAAAAGAUGUCUGAUCCUGGCGUCCGCCAUUUCAAAAUAAUCGAUGUGGCCAGCAACGAUAUCGUAGCUUGGGCAAGAUGGGACAUACCAGAAAACUCACCUCACUUUGGCGACUGGGUCGGCACUGAGGACGUCUCUAGCCUUGUCAAGAGCGAUCCUGAGCCAAAGGAUGGUGCAGAGAGAAGUCAGGAAAUCUCAGCUAGUGCCCCAGCAGUAGACACUACACCAAAAACAGUGGACAUUCCGGAGGGUGCAGACCCAGCUCUAUGUCAGAAUUUCUUCGGUGCCUUGACUAAAUGUUCCAGCAAGUGGCACACGAAGGACAUGCUAGGCCUAUCACUUAUAUGUACUGCCCCCAAGUACCAUAGAAGAGGCGCUGCCAAAGCUUUGAUAAUGCCUAUGCUGGAGCUUGCAGAUGCAAACGAUAUUACUGCAAUACUAGAAGCCACGGCGGCCGGCAAGCCGCUGUAUGAAAAGUUGAGGUUCCGUGAAGUCGACACUAUGGACUUCGAUCUUGGAAAACUCACCAAUGGGCAGACGGGUUUGUAUCAGCUUGCGAUGAUGAUCAGAAAGCCGAGAUCAACUCGGUAACUAUGGUAGAGGCGUUUCAAAAGUCCUGUAGUACAUAACUUCCUCCGUAGCUGAUGAUGAGAUCUGACCACAAAUGCUCGCCUGGAGAAGCCCGCAUUUGCCUGGAAUAAUAGAUGGUGGAUUAUGCCUCCGUUGAGAAACUUCUUUGUAUGGCUGUGAAAUCUUAGACUUAUCGGUCCCCAGAUGGAACGCAUUGUGGCCGAUGGCAUGGAAUGCUUUAUGAAUCGAUAAACAGUGAUGUCUCUGGCGCAAGGAUUGAAUAUUGAUGUCUGAUACGAGCAGUCGA